AUGAAAAAAUUUCUUAAUUAUCUUAAAGCAUCCAAUGCCGAAUAAUAAGAGCCUAUCACACAGAAUCAGUCAGAUCAAGAACAUUUUCUAGUUUUGGUUGGUGAUAUAAUUAAAUACCAAAAUGAACCAACCAAUCCAACCAAAAUCAUUUCUGUCAUUAGGCAAAUCAUUCUCUAUGCUAUCAAAGGAGACAAUGAAUUGCAUAAGUAAUUAUUUGAGCAAUUUAUGGAAAUCGAUGUUCUCAAUAGAUUAUAUGACAUCUUAUAACGAAGAUUAUGUCAUCAUUCAUUGAUUUAAGAAAUUUUUGAAUAGGUAAGUUCAUUAUUGAUCAAUGUGAAAGAGAUCACUAAUAAGAAUUACAUCUUAUCCCAUUCUAGCAUUUCAAAUAUGGUUUUAUGGAAACAAUCGUUUGAAUAAUAUUAACCGAAUAUCGAGAUUGUAGAAACAUAUAUCAGCUUUUUGAAUUUAUUGGCAGUGAAACUAGAUGACAUUACAACAAUGUUUUUUAUUAAUCUCAAAUAUCCAUAGUUUCCACUUUUAUGGAAUGCUAUCCGAUUCUAUAAUCAUCCUGAAUUGAUGGUGAGAAAUAAAAGUAGAUCAAUUGUUCUGCAUAUUCUUAAUAUCAAAAAUCAAAAUAUCAUAGCUUAUACCAAAAGCUUUCCAUUUCUACAAUAUUAUUUCAACUUGGGAAAUUAAGUUUUGCUUACUAUCAAAUAGAUCAAUGUGGUUGUUGAAAAAAUCAAGUGGCGAUUUGAAGGUUAGUAGUAAGACCAAUUAGCAAUGCUAUCUGAAGAGUUAAAAGAAUAAUUAUAAUAUAUUCAUGAUCUCUUUAUAAAUAAUGAAUAUUUGGAAUAAUUAAUUUUAGAUUAUGCAAUUCAGAGACCUGUAAUCCAAUUAAGUCAAGUUAUCAAGUAUGGCUAUCAACACUUUCAUAUUGCUGUUGCUCUUCAAGCCUUCCUUUUACUACUGUUAUAUUUUAGGACGAAUGCUAAAAUUAUCCAAUACAUAUAUUAAGUUUUCCUCUCCCAAGACAAAUCAAAAAUCACAAUUAAUGAAGAAUUUUGGGGAUAUUCUAAUGCUUACGAUAAUGACCCAGAUUUUAUGAAAAAGCUAUGUCUUCAAAUCUAUUAAACUUCAAAGCCUAUUGAUUUAUUAGAUCUAAAACACGAGAAUUUAGAAAUUAAAAUGAGUCUAUAAUAAUUGAAGCAAGUGGAUUGCAUAAAUUAAUAAUAAAGAAUAGAAAGUGAGAUUAAAAUAUAGGAAAGCUAAAUCUUAAAUAGUGUUUAUUAACAUAGUUCAAAUAAGGAAGUGUUAAUUUAUGUUCUCCUUUUUAUGAAGGAAUUAGGCAAUCAACAUAAUAUAUAAACUUACUAUUAAUAUAUUCUUAAACUUGCAUCAGAGCAAGAUUAGCAAUUAGUUGUUGUUAUUUUAUCACUAGACAUCAUAUACGCAUUUAAAUAAUAAUUUGAUUCUCAAAAUUAUAUUAAACAAUUAUAUCACUAGAUAUUGACAGAGCUUAUUUUAAAUAUCAAAACAUCCUAGUUUUUUCUAGAUUAAUUAAUAGAUAUUUUUAAGAAAAAACCACUAUCAAUCAAAAGAGAAUUCAUUAUUGAUUAAUAAAUCAAUGUUCAUCAUGAAAAAUAUGCCAUACUUUUUGACCCAUAUAGUUCUUUGGCUAAAAUUUAGAAACUCGAAUAUUGCAUCCUACUAUCUUAGCAUUAGAUUUUUGAGGAUCUUCCAAAGAUUAAUGAAUAAUAUCCUGAACUGACAAAACUUCAAGUACCUAUAUAUUAGAUUGGGGAUAAGCCUGAUUGUGCAAAGAUGGCUUGUGAAUACAGUGAAACAGGACAUUUCCAUAGCACGGAAACAUAUUAUAUCCUAAAUGUUGAUAAUUUCUUACAUGUUGUGUAAUUAGAUUAAUAGGGAGUCAUCGUUGAUGUGAUAUGUUCUAAAUUAUGGCAAUUAUUGUAGGUUUAUGGAAUCGAAAGAGUUUAAGUUCUCCAAUUUACUUACUUCGAUUUCUCUAAAGUAUUAGAUUCGCUAUAAUAAUAGUUUUAUUUGAGAUUUUAAAAUUUCGAUGAUGUCAAAUACAUAGAUUCCUUAUCUUCAUAGUAGUAGCAAUAAUUUGGAGAUUGGUUCAAAGAGUUACUUAUUUAGAAAUUUGAGAAAUUACAAUAGGAGAAUCACCUUAUUUUUAAAUGA